AAAGAGAGGAUCCAUCUGAGGAGGGACCUUUGGGACAGACUUCAAAACAGUUAUGGAAAAGUGGGAUAGACUUCCCAAUCAGCAGGAGGAGAACUGUACUCUGGAUCCCUCUUCCGAUUCAGUGAGCUUUGAUGCCAGGACCAUGACUGCGAAGCUUCCAGAAAAUUCUCCCAAUGUCUUUGGUUUACAAGAAAAACUGAAGUCACACAAAAUUGCACUGGUCGGGCUUUAUCUCCUUAUGUUUGGGGUUCUGAUCCCUGUCACUGGAUUUGUUAUAGCUCAGGCCCAGAGAGGGAGAGUACAGAAUCCAGAUUCUGGGUCAGCCUUCUUGAGUAAAGAAAAGGACCUGGAAGAUAAGGUGAGAUUGAGGAAAAUAAUGCCUGAUCACAAUGACACUUUAGAGAAGGAGAUUCAGCAGAUCUCUGAUUUCAAAGCAAAUUUUCAUUCACACCUUUUCCAGAACCUCAGUAUGAGAAGUGAGCAAAAGUUUGAAGAUCUCCUCCUGCAGGUGAGCUCCAUCAUCUCUGUUGUGCACACUCAAAGGGGAGCGAUCACUGCCAUCACCAACUCUUUAGCAAACCUGAACGCCACAGUACUUGAAAUGCAGCUCAAUAUAGAGAGCUGGAAAGGCACCUCUCAGAGGAACAUCGGCCAACAGCAGGAGGAGACUGAGAAACUGGAGGAGAGUGUGUUCAAUGUGUCAGCAGAAAUUGUGACCUUGAAAGAGCAGCAAGUCCUUCUGAAGCAAGAAAUAAAAGAAGAAAUGAAACUUUUGGCUAAUAUCACGAAUGACCUUAGACUAAAGGACUGGGAGCAUUCAAUGACAUUGAAAAACUUAACAUUAAUUCAAGGCCCCCCUGGACCAAAAGGUGAACGAGGGGACAGAGGCCCCCAAGGAGUAGUAGGUGCUCCGGGCAUUACUGGCCCAAGAGGUUUUCCAGGUCUAAAAGGUGACAGGGGACUAAUGGGCCCCCAAGGGAGCAGAGGAAAUCCAGGAAGCCCAGGGAUCGUUGGAAGACAAGGUUUUCCUGGACAGAAAGGGCAAAAAGGUGAAAAGGGGGAUCGAAGAUACUACUCUACAGCUCCAAUCAAAACUGUCCGACUUGUGGGUGGCAGCCAACCCAAUGAGGGCCGAGUAGAGAUUCUCCAUAAUGGCCACUGGGGUACUAUCUGUGAUGACCGUUGGGAAUUGCGAAAUGGACUGGUUGUCUGUAAGAGUUUGGGCUAUUCCGGAGUUGAAAAAGUGCAUAAGGAUGCCUACUUUGGAAGUGGUACUGGUGUCAUAUGGAUGAAUGAAGUCCUCUGCUUUGGAAAAGAACUGUCCCUAGAACAAUGCUUGUUCAAAGGUUGGGGUGAGACCAACUGCAAUCACAGUGAGGAUGCUGGGGUUACCUGCAAGGUGUGACAUGAUCCUCUUUCUCCUAAGUUGAGCACAAGG